AGGAGUAGAAGAAACGGAAAAGCUGUGUAAAGUAACAGAGGCAGACGGAAGGAAGGGAAGCUCUGAACCCCGUGAGCUGAGCGUGACUGUUGCAGUUUAUAAUCCGUUCCUCUGCUACCCCUUACCAUAACAUAACCGUUCACCUUCACAUUCACCUUCAUUUUCAAUUCACAGCUUAAUUUUCCUCCUCAUUCUCUCUCUUCAGCUACUGUUACAGGACUCAUGCUCGUGUAGGGGAGAAGAUGGCUUCAAUCUCCGCCGCCGAACUCAACUUUCUAGUUUUUCGUUAUCUUCAAGAAUCAGGUUUCACGCAUGCUGCUUUUACUUUUGGUUAUGAAGCUGGUAUCAACAAAUGCCCCAUUGACGGAAAUUUGGUGCCACAAGGUGCUCUUGUUACAUUCGUUCAGAAGGGUUUACAGUACUUUGAGAUGGAAGCCAACUUGAGUAAUUGUGAUGCAGACCUGGAAGAAGAUUUUUCGUUCUUACAACCUUUGGAUAUUAUCACAAAAGAUGUGCAUGAACUUAGGCAAAUAAUAAGUGAACGAAGGAAAAAACUACAGAAGGAAAGAAAGAAAGAAAUUGAGAAGGAACAUGAAGGAGAACGUGUACGGGCAAGAGAAAAGGAAAGACGUGAAAGAGAAAAAGAAGUUGAAAAGGAUAGACGUGAAAGGGAGAAGGAAGUUGAAAGGGAUAGACGUGAAAGGGAGAAAGAACUUGAAAAGGAGAGGCGUGAAAAGGAGAAAGAAGUUGAGAAGGAAAGACGUGAAAGAGAGAAAGAAGUUGAGAGGGAGAGACGUGAAAGAGAGAAAGAACUUCAAAAGGAUAGGGAGAAGGUAGAAACUGAUAAAGAACGAGAACAACAACAUGGAGAUCAGAAUGUUAGAGACAUGGUUAUAGAUCAUGAAGAUAGGGUCCCUGUAAAACAUGAAGAGAAUGGAGCAGUUGGAGGGCCAGAACCAAUGGACAUCUCUACAACAUCAACAUCUCAGCUAUGUGAAAUUCCCAGUUCAUGUGUAACAAUUUUGGAAGGUCAUACAUCAGAGGUGUGCGCUUGUGCAUGGAGCCCUACAGGAUCUCUUCUUGCAUCAGGAUCUGGGGAUUCAACAGCUCGUAUUUGGACAAUAGCAGAAGGGAGAUGUAAGCCUGGUUCACAUAAUGGCCCUUUGAGCGUGUUGGUGUUGAAGCAUGUUAGGGGUAAAACAAAUGAAAAAAGUAAAGAUGUUACUACACUUGACUGGAAUGGGGAGGGGACACUUCUUGCAACUGGUUCAUAUGACGGGCAAGCAAGAAUUUGGACUACUAAUGGUGAACUGAAGAGUACAUUAAGCAAACACAAGGGACCAAUAUUCUCCCUGAAGUGGAAUAAGAAAGGCGAUUAUCUCCUCACUGGAAGUUGUGAUCAAACUGCAAUUGUGUGGGAUGUGAAAGCAGAGGAAUGGAAACAACAAUUUGAAUUUCAUUCAGGUCCCACACUAGAUGUUGAUUGGCGCAACAAUGUGUCUUUUGCCACUAGUUCCACCGACAAUAUGAUAUAUGUAUGCAAAAUUGGUGAAACCCGCCCUAUAAAGACUUUUGCUGGACAUCAGGGUGAAGUUAAUUGUGUCAAAUGGGAUCCCACUGGUUCAUUGCUGGCCUCAUGUUCUGAUGAUAUCACAGCAAAGAUAUGGAGUAUGAAGCAGGAUACAUAUCUUCAUGACUUGAGAGAGCAUUCCAAGGAGAUAUAUACCAUCCGAUGGAGCCCCACUGGUCCUGGUACAAAUAAUCCUAAUCAUAAACUGGUGUUGGCCAGUGCUUCAUUUGACUCAACUGUAAAGCUGUGGGAUGUAGAACUCGGGAAACUCAUCUACAGCUUGGAUGGACAUAGGCAUCCCGUAUAUUCUGUUGCUUUUAGUCCCAAUGGUGAGUAUUUAGUUAGCGGGUCUCUUGACCGAUCUAUGCACAUAUGGUCAUUGAAGGAAGGCAAGAUUGUGAAGACAUACACGGGCAAUGGAGGCAUUUUUGAGGUCUGUUGGAAUAAGGAGGGGGAUAAGAUUGCUGCAUGUUUUGCUAAUAAUACAGUUUGUGUUUUGGAUUUCAGAAUGUAAUAUCUGUGAAGGCUUAGUAAAUUAAAUUCUUUCUUUUCCACCCUUGAGAUGAGAUCGGUGGAAGUGUAUUUUGGGUGGGUUAGGUUGCCCAUUUUAACCAUAGUUGUAGGUAUAACUCAUUGUUCGUGGAUCCUGUUGUAAUUUGCUAUACCUUAAGUGAAAAGUAGUUUGUAGGAGUGUAUUCUUAAUAAGCAAAAUGUAUAGAUCUAGUUGGACAACA